AUGAAGCAAGGACGAGACGAGUCCCUUAAACUUUUUAUGGAUCGAUUCAAUCGUACCGCCCGACAGGUACGGAAUGCCGAUCAGCGACUGGUAGUGAGUGCUUUAACAACCGCUUUGCGGCCUGGUCCAUUUUGUGACUACCUUCAUGCGGAAGAACCUCAAAGUAUGGACGAGUUACAAAACAAAUUGGCCAGUUUUAUUCGGAUAGAAGAAGGAAGAGCUCAUCAACGUGGAAGGGAAGAGGGGGAACCAGUGCACCGUCCGGCCCGAGUGAGAGCUGGACCGCAGUCCGGUGGGAAUGAUAGAAGAGGAGGUUAUAGAAACAAAGAUCAUAAUCAAAUGAAACAAUAUAUUCACCAUACUCCUUUAAAUGCACCGCGUGCAAGAGUUCUGGAAGAGGCAUUGAGAGUCGAUCUGGUGUUACAAGUGGUACAGAUACCUACACCGAGGGGAGCCGAUGAAAGCAAGUAUUGCCGGUAUCAUCAGAAUCGGGGUCAUACAACUGAAGAUUGCCAUACAUUGAAAGAUAAAUUGGAGUCUUUGGUUCAGGCAGGACAUCUUCAGAAGUUUGUUCACAGGGGAAGAGUGUCAAGCAGAGCCGAACGACCCUCCACACGGCAGGAAUCCCGAAAAAGGACCCGACCGAGAAUUGAUCGAAGCAGAAGCAGAAGCGCCGACCGAACGGUCAGAGGAGUAAUCAAUACUAUAUCUGGAGGGUUUGCAGGAGGUGGAUCGACGUCAGCUGCCCGCAAAAGACACUUAAGAAAUCUACAUAGCGCCCACCGAACAGACACAUCAAAAAGAUCUAUGCCUACCAUUACUUUUUCUGAUGACGAUUUCCAUGCGCCGGACCUAGAACAAGAUGACCCGAUGGUGAUAACAGCGAUGAUAGUCAGAUACAGGGUGGGUAAAGUCUUAAUAGAUCAAGGCAGUUCGGCCAACAUACUAUAUUGGAAGACUUUCAAGCAGAUGGAUAUAUCAGAGGAUGCAAUUUUGCCUUUCAAUGAACAAAUUGUAGGAUUUGCGGGAGAAAGAGUAGAUACGAAGGGGUACGUCGAUCUAAGGACUAGCUUGGGAGCCGAUAAAGACGCCAAGGAGAUGAAGGUUCGGUUUCUGUUAGUGGAAGCCGACACGUCUUACAACGUCCUAUUGGGAAGACCGUGCUUAAACAUGUUCGGGGCUAUCGUUUCAACUCUACACUUAACUUUGAAGUAUCCCGCUGAUAACGGAAAGAUAGCAACCGUUCGGGCAGAUCAAAAGAUGGCGCGUGAGUGUUAUGCGGUAGGGUUGAAGGUAAAACCCAGGAUUACCAACUUCCCAGGCAGCCGGUCUGAAGUCGCCAUGAUGGAAUUGGAUCCUCGAACACAGUUCGAUGAUCGGGUGGAACCGCUAGGAGAUACACGUCCUUUUGUUAUUGGACAACAAGAAGAUCAAUGUACCACACUGGGGCGUAAUCUUACCACCGAUCAGGCGACAUUGAUAGAAGCACUUUUGCUGAAAAACAAAGACCUAUUUGCAUGGCAGGCAGCUGAUAUGCCAGGUAUUCAUCCUGACAUAAUAUCUCACAAAUUAUCAUUAUUCAGGGAUGCCCGACCGGUUGCCCAGAGGAAGCGGAGGUUGGGCAAUGAAAAAAGAAGGGCGGUAGAAGAAGAGGUAGCAAAGUUGUUGGAAGAUGGCUUUAUACGAGAGGUAAAGUAUACCACGUGGCUGUCUAACGUGGUAAUGGUGAGGAAGCCGAACAGAAAAUGGAGAAUGUGCACAGAUUUCACUAACCUUAAUAAAGCAUGCCCGAAAGACACAUAUCCACUUCCAAGCAUCGACGGGCUGGUAGAUGGAGUCUCAGGAUAUGAAAUCUUGAGCUUUUUAGAUGCUUAUUCGGGAUAUAAUCAAAUCCCUAUGUAUCAACCCGAUUGGGACAAAACAGCCUUCAUAGCGGAGCGUUCCAAUUACUGUUAUGAAGUUAUGUCGUUCAGUCUGAAGAACGCAGGAGCGACGUAUCAACGACUUAUGGAUAAGGUCUUUCAGCAUCAAAUAGGAAGAUGCAUGGAAGUAUACGUGGAUGACAUGGUUGUGAGGAGCCGAUCAGUGGAAGAACACUUGCGAGAUUUGGCUGAGGUUCUGGAUCAGGUACGGAAGUUCGGGAUGUGGUUAAAUCCUCUCAAAUGUACAUUUGGAGUAUCUGCAGGGAAACUUUUAGGCUUCAUGCUUACUUCACGAGGCAUAGAGGCCAACCCCGAUAAGUGUCGGGCUAUCUUGGACAUGAGAAGCCCAAGUAGUUUGAAAGAGGUACAAUGGUUGGUCGGGAGACUUACAUCGCUGUCCAGAUUCAUACCCAAAUUAGCCGACCGUAUUCAACCCAUCUUAAAGCUAAUGAAAAAACAGAAGCAAGUGGAAUGGGACAACCGGUGCGAGGCAGCAUUUGAAGAAGUAAAGCACAUUCUCACUAACCCCCCGGUUAUGAGACGCCCAGACUAUGGCUGCGAUUUGCAUUUAUUCCUGGCGGUCGGUGAAGAAGCAGUCAGUGCAGCAUUGGUUCAAGAGGUCCCAGAGUUUCGUCCAAUUUAUUUCAUUAGUCGUGUGCUAAAAGAGCCCGAGACCAGAUAUCAGCAGCUUAUAAAAAUAGUCCUAGCACUCGUAAUCGCCACCCGAAGGCUUCGCCCUUAUCUACAGGGAAAUCAGGUAAUUGUUCGUACAGACUACCCUAUUUCUAAAAUUUUACAUAAGCCUGACUUAGCGGGAAGGAUGAUCGGUUGGUCUAUUGAACUCUCUGAGUUCGGUCUGAGGUACGAACCACGGGGGUCGGUUAAGGGGCAGCAUCUAGCUGAUUUUGUGGCUGAGUUACCGGGACGACCAUCACAUUGCUGCUCGUGGGUGUUCAAUAACCAGGCCGAAUACGAGGCCUUAAUAGCCGGCCUUGAGUUAGCUCGAGAUUUAGGGGUUAAAGUGCUAUGUUGCAAAACAGACUCCCAACUGGUAGCAGGUCACAUGAACGGAAUCUUCCAAAUUAAAGAUGACCAACUACUUAAGUACUUCCAUAAGGCCAAACAGCUACUUGCAUAUUUUGACAGCAUCGAGGUGAAUCACAUACCCAGGUGUGAAAAUCAAAGAGUCGACCGUCUGUCAAAGCUAUCGACUGGUAAGGAGAAAGGCCAACUGGCUUCGUUGGUUCGGCAGAUAGUCUUCAAACCAACAGUUGAAUGCUUACAAGUUUACUCUACUGCCGAACGGGAUGACUGGAGAAGGGAAAUUGUUUUGCUAAUCCAACAGCAAGAAGCGGGAGCAACCCUUCAGUCGGAGGAACUAAAACAGGUUGCAAGGUACAUCAUGGUGGGAGAGGAGCUAUACCGAAGAGGAUACGUCACGCCAAUGUUAAAAUGUAUAUCCAAAGACGAAUCCGAUUAUGUAAUGCGAGAGCUUCAUGAAGGGAUAUGUGGCAGACAUGGUGGCGGACGGUCAUUAAGAGCCCGGGCUUUGAGGGCAGGAUUCUACUGGCCAACACUGGAAAAGGAUUGUUAG